AUGGUCAACUUCGCCAUCCUCGCCGGGGGCUACACCUCCUUCGUCGUCUCGUACCUCUUCAACUCGCACACCAACACCCUCUCCAUUCUCAACCAGUCUCCGACGGGGGCGAACCCCUCGUGGAUCGCUCUCCACCCCACGAACAAGAGCGUGCUCUAUGCCGUGAACGAAGGCACCCAAGGAGCACUCCAGUCGUUCCUUAUUGGAGCGAACGGUCAGCUGUCCAGCGCCAUCGACACCAUCAGCUCGGACGGCGAUAGCCCCGCCUUCACGACGCCGCUCUCGACGGGCCAGGUUGCCAUUAUGAACUACAACUCGGGCAAUGGGGAAAUCAUUCCAACGGUGAAGGGGAACCCGCUGGAGUUUUCUAGCGACUUCACGCCCAUCAAGUUCAAUGCACCUGUCUCGCAUCCUCACAUGGCCUACGAGUACGGCUCGGAGGUCUUCAUCCCGGACUUGGGUGCCGACAAGGUCUGGCGUCUCACCGAAAAGGGCUCUCCGGGCAAUUGGGUCGUCCAUGGCCAGAUCGACCAGCCCACCGGGAGUGGCCCUCGUCACAUUGCCAUCCGGGGCAACACGCUCUACACCCUCCACGAGCUCGCGAGCACCCUCACGCAGCAGACAAUCCCGCCCGCGCCGAAUGGCACCGUCGCGGCCACCGUCGCGAGUUUCAACAUCACCCCGCCCGGGCUGCCCGCCGGCGCCGCGAUGGCCGCCGCGGAGAUCCUCGUCACCGAGACGUCGCCCUCGUUCCCGGAGCCGUUCAUCUACGUCUCGAACCGGAACACGGGCGUGCAGGACCCGCGCGGGGACGCGAUCGCGAUCUUCCGGGUCGAGCCCGCGCUCGAGCUCCUCGGCUGGGUGUUCACCGGGCUCGACCAGAUCCGCGGGAUGCAGCUCGGCGGGCCGGAGAAGGAGUUCUUGAUCGCGAGCGGUGUGGCCGGGGACGGGGGCACGGUGGUGUUGAAGCGCACGGAUGGGGGCAAGAACAUGACGCUGCUCGUGCGCAACACGGAGAUCCCGACGCGGACGAGCUUUGUGUGGCUGAACUGA